UCAGCCUGGACUCUCCCCAGAGACGUUGCAGGCUCCUGGUUUUCAUGGACAGGCCUGGCUGGAUUGUGCCCCCCAACGCCUCGGCGCUGCCCCCCAACGAGACGGGCUGCGGGGAACAGGCCGACUUCCAGUACGUGCUGUUCCCCGUGGUUUACAGCCUGGUCUUCGUGCUGGGCCUGGCCGGGAACGGCUCCGUGCUCUGGUAUUUCCUGCGCACCCGGACGGCCACCGCCCCGGCCAACAUCUUCCUGGCCAACCUGGCGUCCCUCGACCUGCUCUUCGUGCUGACGCUGCCCUUCCGGGUCGGCUACCACACCCUGCGCAAUGACUGGCCCUUCGGCGAGGCCCUGUGCAAGCUCACCGGUUCCCUCUUCUACGCCAACCUGUACGGCAGCUCCCUCUUCCUCAGCUGCAUCUGCCUGGAGCGCUACGUGACCGUGGUGCACCCGCUGCGCUUGCUGCGCCUGCGCCAGCCCCGGUACCGCAUGGCCGCCUGCCUGGCCAUCUGGGCCCUGCUGGCUGCCGCCGGCCUGUACCUGGCGCUGCGCGGGCCCCUGACGCGCCCCUUCCCCGAUGGGCGCCUGGCCUGCCUGGAGAACUUCUCCAGCGACUCUUGGAGGGGCCGCAUCUCGGGCGUCAGCCUCUUCGCCGCUGCCGUCGGGUUCCUGCUGCCGCUGACGGUCAUUGGCAUCUGCUACCCGCUCAUCGCCCGCCGCCUGCUGGACACGCCCGGGAUGACGGCCGGCUCGCGGGCCGCCCGGCGCAAGGCGCUGCGCACGGUGCUGGUGGUGCUGGCCGUCUUCCUGAUCUGCUUCGCCCCCUACCACCUCACCCAGGUGGUGCACACCCUGGGCCGCCUCGGGACGCUGGAGGGCUGCCGGCUCCUCCGCGGCACCUAUGUCGCCCGGCGUGUCACCAUGGCCCUGACCAGCCUCAACGCCUGCCUGGACCCUCUGGUCUAUUACUGCGCGGCCGAGCGCUUCGCCUGGAGCCCGCCCUGCCGCGCCGGGUGCUGCACGGGCCGGCCGGCCUCCUCUGGGGACUCCCAGGGCUCGCGGCUGCAGGCGCUGGACAAUGGGGCCUCCCGGGGGACCCAGGCCGAGACAGGCACCUUGUCCCACGAUGGGGCCUGAAGGGGAGACACCAAUGGACACCCUCCCCCUCUCUCCCCGCUUGCUGCUCUGUGGACUCUGAGGCCCCUGGGAGUCGGGCUGCUGUGUUCUCAGCUGCUGGACAAGAAAGGGAUGGUGAACAGUGUUACGGGGGUGUGUACGUCCGUGUAGUGUUACGUGUGUGCAGUCACGUGAGCAUGUGUGUGAGUGGCUCCUUUUUGUACGUUUUGCACUUUUGCCAAGUAAAAGCAACG